CCGCCCCGCUCUUUCUCCUCUGAGCGUUUUAACCCCUCUUCUCUUCCGCGACGGCCAACCGGCCUGCCCGUUUCCCCUUCCGGGCCAGCAGCCGGAGCGCGCGGCGUCAGCCGGACGGAGCUGUGGAGGCCCCUUGCGCGCUGCCCGCCGGGUGACCGACCCACGGCGGGUGCCCUUUUCGCCUCGGCCUCGCCUCCAAUCCCCCCUCUCCCUUCCCCGCGCCACGACCGCCGCCGCCUUCCUGCUCUUCUCUUCCCCGGGUUGCCUCCUCGCCCGCCGGGCUUUUCUUCUCCGCGCCCCCUUGGCCAACUGCCCUCCCGCUCAGGCUGAAGGGAACGGGCGGACCUGAGCCUGCGGCGUUCGCCUCCCUCUUCGGUGCCGCCGGCGGGGCCACCGCCAUGUUGAAGCAGCCGCUGCCGCCGCCCUCUCCUCAACCGGGCUCGCCGGCUUCGGGGCCCCCGCCGCCCUCCACACCAACGCCGCCGCCCUCCUCCUCCGCCGCCGCUGCCAACGCCGCCGUCGUUUCCCGCAAAACGAACCCAGCGCCUGCCAGCCCCAACGGGAGCCUCAGCCCAGGCACCACCACCACCGGCGGCGGAGGAACCCGAGCCACCACCGUGGCGCCUCCCGGCAGCAGCGGCGGCGGAGGCGGCGGCACCCCUGGAGGAAGUGGAACCAGGGGACAGAGCACAGGCAAAGGACCUCCACAGUCUCCUGUCUUUGAGGGUGUCUAUAACAAUUCCCGAAUGUUGCACUUCCUGACAGCAGUUGUGGGAUCCACAUGUGAUGUGAAGGUGAAAAAUGGAAGCACAUUUGAGGGGAUUUUUAAAACCUUGAGCUCCAAGUUUGAGCUGGCUGUUGAUGCUGUGCACAAGAAGGUGCCUGACCAACCAGUAGGGCCCAGGAGGGAAGAUAUUGUGGAUACCAUGGUUUUUAAGCCUGCUGAUGUCAUGUUGGUACAUUUCCGCAAUGUUGAUUUUAACUACGCCACCAAAGAUAAGUUCACAGAUUCUGCUAUUGCCAUGAAUUCGAAGGUGAACGGGGAGCAUAAAGAGAAGGUGCUACAGCGCUGGGAAGGGGGAGACAGCAACAGUGAUGAUUAUGACUUGGAAUCUGACAUGUCUAAUGGCUGGGACCCAAAUGAGAUGUUCAAGUUCAACGAGGAAAAUUAUGGUGUGAAGACUACCUAUGAUAGUAGCCUCUCCUCCUAUACAGUCCCUCUCGAAAAGGACAACUCUGAGGAGUUCCGGCAGCGAGAAGCCAGGGCUGCCCAACUGGCUCGGGAGAUUGAGUCGAGUCCACAGUAUCGACUGCGCAUUGCCAUGGAAAACGAUGAUGGGCGCACAGAAGAAGAGAAGCACAGUUCUGUGCAAAGACAGGUGUCGGGCAGAGACAGCCCCAGUCUGGUUUCCAGAGACGGCAAGUACAUACCGCUUCCCCAGCGCGUCAGAGAAGGUUCACGAGGAGGUGUACGCUGCAGCAGUUCUCGUGGUGGGAGGGCAGGCAUGGGCUCUUUACCACCCCGUGGAAGCACCCAUCAUUCAGAAAGCAAUGCCAGCUCCAUGCCAGAGCAACGAGGCAUCAAUGGAGGUCCAUCCAGAAUGUCUCCCAAGUCCCAGCGACCGAUCCGGGGAGCCAAGAGCAUGUCUUCCCCCUCCAGCCGCCCCAUGGAAGUAUCAGCCCCGUCUCCCACAGUGGGCCGUGUCUAUACUCCACGUUCUCCAAAGUCUGCCUCAGCUGUGCCCGCCUGUUCCCAGGAUCCCCCCGUGGGAUCGACUGCCCCUCCUGCUCCUGCUUCACCCUCUGAAUCGAGGCCUGCCACGGAGUCAAGCGCUUCUCCAACCCCACCUUCACCCAAGGUUCCACCAUCUGCUCCUGUAGCUGCUGUUGAGGUUAAAGAGGUGCCUAGCUGUGCCACCAAAGAACCAAGCAGGACCUUGGAGGUUAUGGGGCCCUCAGACUUGGUCAAACAGGCAAAUAAAGGUCUCCAAAAUGAACAGAAGAGGAAUCAGUUAGAAGAGCUGCGCAAGUUUGGGGCCCAGUUUAAGUUGCAGCCCAGUACCUCUCCAGAGUCCACCCUUGACCCUUUCAGGCCCAAGGAGCCCCUUGAAGGAAAAGUGAAGGACAAGCCUCCAGAGACAUUAGUUGGGGCAGGAAGUGUAUGUGAGGUACCUGAUGAGUCUUCUAAACCUAGCAUGGAGCUGUCUGAAGUUAGCGGCAAGGAAGAGAAAGGGCCCUGUGAAGGAAUGGAGCGCCAGACCCAGACAGCAAGCCCUCUGGGCAAAAGUGACACAGAUGACAAGGAGGAUGGCCCUGUCUCUGAGCAGGUGAAGAAGUCAACACUGAACCCUAACGCAAAGGAGUUCAACCCUUCAAAGACUCUCCUGUCUGUGAAUAAGUCAACAAGUACGCCCACAUCACCAGGACCACGUACCCAUUCAACGCCCUCCAUCCCUGUUAUUACCCCAGGGCAGAGUGGCAUGUACAGUGCACAGUACAUCUCUUAUAUCCCACAGAUACACAUGAGCCCAGCUGUGCAGGCUCCCCAGAUGUACCCCUAUCCUGUUUCUAAUUCUGUGCCUGGACAGCAGGGCAAAUAUCGAGGAGCUAAAGGGACCCUGCCACCGCAGCGUUCAGACCAGCACCAGCCAACCUCAGCCCCUCCUAUUAUGCAGGCGGCGGCAGCUGCUGGCCCCCCUUUGGUGGCUGCCACUCCAUACUCCUCAUACAUCUCCUACAACCCUCAGCAGUUUACAGGGCAGCCCACCAUGAUGCAGCCCAUGGCACACUAUCCCUCGCAGCCCGUCUUUGCCCCCAUGUUGCAGAGCAAUCCACGUAUGAUGGCGUCUGGCAGCCAUCCCCAGGCCAUUGUCUCCUCCUCUACUCCCCAGUAUCCGCCAGCAGAGCAACCUGCACCCCAGCCUCUUUAUGCCACAGUGCAUCAGACGUAUCCUCACCAUGCCACACAGCUGCAUCCACAUCAGCCUCAGCCAGCUACCACACCCACGGGCAACCAACAGCAAGCGCAACAUGCUGCCCCCAGCCCUGUGCAGCACCAGGCUGGACAGCCACCUCAUUUGGCCAGUGCCCAGCAACAGCAGAAUUUGUACCACACUGCCGCACUGACAGGAACACCACCUUCCAUAACACCAGGGCCCAGUGCUCAGUCUCCACAGAGCAGUUUCCCCCAGCAGGCAGUGUAUGCUAUCCAUGCCCACCAGCAGCUGCAGCACAGCUACACCAACAUGGCCCAUGUCACCCAGGCCCACGUCCAGACUGGAAUUGCAGCUGCCCCGCCACCUCACCCUGGAGCUCCACAGGUCAUGCUGCUGCAUCCCUCGCAGACUCAUGGAGGGCCCCCCCAAGGAGGUGUGCCCCAGAGUGGCGUGCCGACCCUCUCAGCUUCCACACCCUCCCCCUACACUUAUAUAGGGCACCACCAAGUUCAAUCUCAUCCCUCCCAGCAGCUUCCAUUCCACACUCCUGGGAACUGAUGUCCACACUUCUCCUUGUGACCUGAGACCCCAGCCAGCCUUGGCUCUGUUGCUGGCCCAAAGGCCUGGGCCAUCCUCAAGCCCAUGGUAGAGGCCCCUGGAGGGGCGCAGUCUGGCCCGGCCCAUCUCCCCCCCUCACCAAGCACCUUCCUUUCCGUUGGUUUAGUGAAGCCCGUGCUGGGCACCGUCAGCCAGCGGGACGGAGCAGGGCCCCGUUCCCAUGCCUGGAGAAGGGCAGAGUGUUUUUUUUCCUGUUAUUUAUGACUCCAUUUGGGCUCCUAGAGCAAACGCCACUUUCCCACAUAACUUGACAAGGACAUGACCAGAUGGACAAACCUUGACUUUUUAUUAAGUAAAAAUAUUUAAAAAGUAAAAAAAAACAACAAAAAAAUCAAUAAAAUUUUAAACUAACUAAUGUUGGGCUUGGGAUGACUGUGUGGGAAGCAGCUCACUAUUAAAAGGUGAAUCUUUCUUUGGUUCUACAGAAGGUGGCCAGGGUAGGGGGCCUCUUGAGCUUUGCAGAGUUUGUAGCUUGCCCCAGCUUCCAGGACUGUUUGCAAGGAUGGGCAGUUGAAACUCUGUAUCCAACUCAUUCCUGGUUGCAUUGCUCUGUUCUUUCCCCUCUGGAAGUAAUCACCAGGGUGGGUAGUAAUUGGGUGGUAGUGACAUAGAGCCAAAAGCAGUGGUUCUUACUGCUGGGGAUACAUAUGUGACAGGAGUAUGCACUAUGGCCCAAUAUAUAUUUUUUUUAAUGAAUAAAUUUUUAACUUGCUUUUAUUGAAAUAAACAUAUUACAUUAAGUCCGGAGGACAUUAACGGCAGAAGGUGAUUUCCUGGUACCAUGGUUCCCAACUUUGGAUCCCCAGAUAUUCUUGGAUUAAAACUGCCAGAAGCUUUCAUCACUAGCUGUGCCAGUCAGGAUUUCUGGGAAUUGUUGUCCAAGAACAUCUGGAACCCCAAGGUUGAGAACCACUGCAGAAUACAUGGAUGAGCCCCUAUUAGAUUGAGGUCCUUCAAUAGAGCCUUGGCAGGAUUUCAGUCUUUCGAAGCUUGUUAAAGUAGAAAGCACAGACCGGUGUGAAUGUGUUUGUUUUUUUAACAUGGAGUUCAUUUUGGAACAGGUAAGCCCAAUCUUAAUGCUCUUAGUGCCCCAGCCAGUGAGCUUCUGUAAAAAAAUUGAUUAAAUAAUUGCAGAUUCAGUUCUAUGGCUUGGGCUUUGAGCUUUUCUUGAGCUGCCACAGGACUCAUCUUUGAGAAGUUCCGCCUUUUUAAAAUUUGAGAGCCUAUUGAGAUGCUUCAUUUUUCAGUGGAGAAAGACAUUCUGUACUUAGGGUUGCCCCUGUAACAGGUGCUUUUCCAUGGAGCUUUUGUGCAAGAUCCCCAUGGUCACAGUCUCAGCCUGCAACCGGAGUGUAUGAGGCAGUAGUCUGAAAACAGCUAGGGCUAUUACAGUCUUGCAAAUUAAGGAGCAGCAUGUGACCCAUUUCUUAUCUCCUUUCUGAUGAAAAUAUCAAGUACAGGAUAAAGGUGUACCUUGACAAUUGAAAUAAAAUUCUAGCAAUUUGUCCUCUUU